GUUCCCCCGCCCGCCCGCUCGGAGCAGAGCCGCAGAGGCGCGAAGUGGCUGCGAGGCAGAGUGGGGGGAGCAGAGAGCCACUACCCCUGAAGGAAGACGCCUGGUUGGCCCACCACCACAAGGUCCACAGACACGUCUCCCAGGAAGCUUAGACUCUUCUGAUUUGUGCACAUGGUCCAUAGUUUGGAAGGAGGCUUAGGAACGAAGCGAGGCGUAUCCAAGGAGCCCUGAUCGCCUCUGCCUUCCCUUAUUUUUUUACUGUAUACUAAUAAAGUGUUCUUGACCUGGUGUGGCCUCCGUUCAUAGAGCCUAAGGGACAGUAUUCCUGUUGCCUGUGGUUCCCGAGGUCGGUUAUAAGGCUGUCCAGGAACCGAUCCUGCCUGUGCAGGUCAAUUGCAGCUGUGCUUUGUGUUUGGAUGUUGAAAUAACCUGAACCAUUUUUUUCCCCAGCCGGGCAGCCUCAAAGACUUACGAAUCUAUGUCCAAAAUGCAGGCCAGCUCGCUCGCCUCUUGUUCUCACCUUCCUUAGCCUUUUCUGUUUCAACUAUGUUGCUGUUAUUUAUUACUUUUUAAUUUAUUUACUAAAAACUGUCACUUUAUCCUUAAGAACAAAAACAUGAUGGGCUAGAAGGGCCCACUGCUCGGCUCUUGGGUGGAGGGAAAGCAAAACCCAGCCAAAAAAGCCCCCCCCCACCUGCCUACAUUGAGUGAGUGAGGAAAUAGGUGGGUUGCAAGCUGUGACCACAUCCAUCUGCUCCCAAGUGCCAGGAGCGAGCUGGGGGCGUGGAAGGUGUUGUGUACGCUGGGUUGCAAUUGUGUGUAACAUCUGGCUUGUUAUGGUUUGUAUAUUUGGGCCUUCAUGGAGGGGUCGUUCUGGUGCCGAGUCUGCCACCCUUUUAAGGGAAACUCAAAUUCAGACAGACAAACAGGCACUUGGUUUAAAAUAAUUGGGGCUGUGGCAGGAAGGUGAAUCACUUACCUGAAUCUGGAUUUGCAACACAACAGCCCCAUGUUUCCAGUUCAAGGCCGAAAAAUGCCUCGAGAUAGUUGUGUGUCGGUGCCUUUUCAUCAGUCCUUUUCUGUGUUGAGAGCUGUUUUCGAGAUUGUGCUCUGAGGCUGCAGAUUCCAUCCGAACAUGUAGCCCUGCACCCUUGGCUGCCAUCCUUGGAUGGUUUUGGGGGGACCCAGGAAUUCCUCUUAAGAGGAUGGGAGUGCUGGAUUCCUUUCCCUUGCUCCUCCUCCCCCCCGGACCCCAUUUCAGGCACUCAAAUACGAACAGCCAGAGAGACGGUACCUGGAGUAUGGAAGCCGCCCAUAGAAUUCUCAAAAGUGUAGCUCAAGUUACUUGUGGAAAACACUGCCAAAAGUACAAAGGACAGGUGAGGAAGCAGCACAAUCUCCACUGCAUUUCCUUGAGUGGGUACUUUUUCUGCAGCCAAGAUGCAGAACCGAGUGGCGAAAGAGCCGUUGAAGGCUUUUAAUUUUGGGCAUGGAAUUGACUUAAGAAUGGAAAUUGGGUACCAGGGCUGGUGAUCUGGGUAAGCUGCAAGCAGGAUGCCUGUGGUGGUUCUCAAUCAUCCAGGCCACGGUUGUCCCAAAGGUGCUUUUCAAAAGCACCUUUGGGAUAGGAUCCAGGAUAAGCUCUUAGAGGAGGCCUGCUUUGUUGCUUGGCCUCUGUUUUCCACCUCGGAGUGGGCAAAGCCAGGAGGCUGAUGGCUGUGAAUGCUUGUUUUGGCCCUGCCCUCGGCUUCCUUGAAGACAGGCUCUGGAAAACUGGCCAGGACUUGAAAGUGCCAUCUGACUUGUAAACUGGCUGAGCACAUUUAACUUUGAGCACCCCGUGUGCAAGCUACGUUCAGCUCUAUUGCUGGGGCUGCUUCCAUUUUGAUUGGCCAAAGACAAGAUUCCCUGGAGGAGCUCAAAAUAAUUCUGCUACUUCCAGAAAGUUGCUAUAACAUGCAAAAGUUCCAGUGAGCGAGUUGAUGCCAUUGGCUGACCUGGGUUAGUUUUAAGGGACUGGAUGUUUUCCUGGCUUAAUGUGUUGUGGGAACACAGCCUGUGUUCACAUUAGCUGAAAGGGGAGCCUGUUGUAUGAAGCCAGGAACUGCAGUGCAGGAGAAAAUGAUGGGGUGGAAGAAAUUGUUGCUGAAGGCCAUGAAAGCUAUGGUUUUGAGCACAAUUGUUUGGUAGUAUUUUCUACUGAUCUGCCAAGGUAACAAAAAGUGCAAAUGGAAACCUUUGGAGGAGAACUAAGGAAAAAGCCCUCUGGAAGUUGGGAAAAAUCCCAGGGCAAGGUUAGGCUUACUUGGAGGGAGCAGGCUGUGGCACCUCAUUCCCAUAGACUGUAGUUGGGCGUGAAUGCAUGGCAAAGCCCUGAGCUGCCCUCUCUCCCCUCUGCAGGGUUGUGGGUUGUGAGAGAAGAAGCAAAGGGCUCCUUUUUAAAGAUGGAUUACAGAUGGGAUUCAAGGCAAGGAUUGUAACUGGGUGUAGGGGGAAGUCAUUGAGGUGCUUCCUUUUCUCUAUGUUGUCAGGAGGGGGGGAACGGAAGGCCUUGUGGCAGUGCCUUGAGAUGCUGAGUUGGGAUUUGUGAUGGAGGCGCUUUGGAAAUUGCUUGGCUGUGACUUGGCGUGGCAGAGUUUUUGUGGUGGCUGCCAAUCCAGGGUGUGUGCACGCAGCACCCAGGGCUGCAAUGUAAUUAGCUUGAUUUUGUGUAAAUUGUGUAAUUUCUGGCACAAAUAUGUGAUAAUUGUGUGAUUAGGAAGAUGUAACAGCCUCCACAUCUACCUUGGCUUGCCUUUUUUCUCUUCCACUAUCUCCUUUGAUUGUGUGAAUGGAUUUGUAAUGCCAACAGGAUCUCUGCUUCAUAUCAAGUCUGUCAUUCCUGGGUCUGCUUGUGCAAGUUACCUCUGUGUUCUUUUCCUUUUUUUUUUUUUUAGUUUAUUGAUUGGUCUCCCUACCUCAUAUUAAAGGCAUCUGAUUAUUACUCUGUUUUUUUAUGUCUGUUUGCCCUUGCCAGUUUGCAGUGAAUAAGGGAAAGAAGACGCUGUUGUGGUUUCUAGUUGAGUCUUGUCUCCAAAGGCCCACUGAAGGAACUCUGUUCUUUGUGAUAAACUGGGAGUAAACUGGUGGCUCAGUGGAUGGACUGGUUCACCUCACGGAUUCCAUUUUCUCUUAUUUAUCUGUUUAUUUAGAAAAGCCUUCGGGCACCUAAGGCCUAGCUCCCAAGAAAGCAAUUGCAUCGCCCCAUUCUGCAGGGAGGGCCCUGUUGAGCUGAGAUCUGCCCCAGGGGCAGAUGUGGGAUCGGGGACGGUGGCAUUCAGGGAUCUUUGGAACAAGCCUGAAAGGGGCCACUCUUUUUUUCAUGGGCUUUAAUAUAAUAAAAGGAGAAAGCAGGACAAUAAGAAGCCAGCAUUGAUAGGAAGUCCGGGCUGAAUCCUGAUGAUUGCAACUGGUGGAGGUCAAGAGAGGGAGGGGAGUUGUGCCUUGACUUUAAUCCCCCCCCCUCAAAAGGGGAAGAGUCCAAAGGGCGCACAGGCUUCAGUUUAGCCUUUUGCAGCAAGAUCCCUUUUCUCCCAGUGGAAGACUCUUUAGCCUAAAUAAGUUAAAGCACUUUCGGGGCGGCGUUGAGGGUGUCAUAAAUUGCCUAAAAAUAUCUUUUGGGGGGGCGGGAGGCGGCAGCCAGAGCGAGCCUUUGGUAUUGCUUCAAAUGAAGCCGGAACUUUUGUUUCCUCGGGUUUUUGUUGCAGGAGGGGGAAGAAAACAAGAGCGUCCUUUCUUCCGGAGCUGGCGCGCGUGAGAGCCUAUUGGCCGGCCGCGCGACCAAUCCGCGUUCUCUUCCUCUUUGCACAGGGUGGGCCACGCCCACUCGCUGCCUGGCUUGCCGUCGCGUGUCCUGGUCGCCCCGGGAAGGACCCGCCGCUGCUUCUUUUUUUGCACGUGGGAACGCGGGACUUGAAACGGGUUUCCCGAGAGAUGCGGCUCCUUCGCGUCUGGGAGAAGAUCUGGGCGAGGAGGGGCGGCCUCCGCAGGGAAUACACGACAGCAGUUCUACCUUCCCAUGUUGCGGAGCGUCUGGCGUUUUACCAGAGGCUGAAAGCUGCGGCAGACGAGCGCCAGGCUGAGCAAACCCUCCGGGAGAAAAGGCCAAUCCUGGUUUCCUUGCCUGGCGGCCGAAGCAUCCAGUGCGAAUCAUGGACUACCACCCCUUACCAGCUGGCCUUGCAGAUCAGCCAGAGUCUGGCCAAGGCCGUAGUGGCGGCACGGGUGAACGGAAGCCUUUACGACUUGGACCGUCCUCUGGAGAGUGACGCCACGUUGGAAUUUGUGGAUUUUGAUUCUCAGGCCGGACAAGAGCUCUUCUGGCAUUCCAGCGCCCACCUCCUGGGCGAGGCUGCCGAGCACUUCUAUGGUGCCCUGUUGUGCCAUGGGCCCAGCACCGAGCAGGGCUUCUUCUAUGACCUGUAUUUGGAUGAGGAACGCAAUGUGUCCAGUAAAGACCUCCCGGCCCUGGAAGAGCUCUGCAAAGCCACCAUCGCGGCCCAGGUGCCCUUUGAGCGGCUGGAGGUUUCCCGGGAGGAUCUGCUGGAGCUCUUUAAGCACAACCGAUUCAAAUUGGAUAUCAUUGGGCGGAGGGUGAAGUCUCCGACUGCCACGGUGUACAGGUGCGGGACGUUGGUCGACCUCUGCCAGGGGCCCCAUCUUCGGCACAGUGGGGAGGUCCGAGCCCUGAAACUCCUCAAGAACGCUGCCACCUCCUGGCAAGGCAGACCCUCCGGAGAGCCUCUGCAGCGCAUCUACGGCAUCUCCUUCCCAAGCGCCCAGCAGUUGGCCGCUUGGGAGCGCGCCCAGGAAGAGGCUGCCCAGCGCGACCACCGGCGCAUCGGGAAGGAUCAGGAGCUUUUCUUCUUCCAUCCGCUGAGUCCUGGGAGCUGCUUCUUCCUCCCCAAAGGGACUCAUAUCUACACCACCCUCAUGGACUUCAUCAAGAGCGAGUACCUCAAGCGGGGCUUUUCCGAAGUGAUCACCCCCAACAUCUUCAACGCGAAGCUGUGGGAAGUCUCCGGUCACUGGGAGCACUACGGGGAGAACAUGUUCUCCUUCCCCGUGGAAGACCAGAUGUUCGCCCUCAAGCCCAUGAAUUGUCCCGGCCACUGCCUCAUGUUCAGCCACCGGCCCCGAUCCUGGCGGGAGCUGCCCCUGCGGCUGGCUGACUUCGGGGUGCUCCACCGCAACGAGGCCUCGGGGGCCCUGACGGGGCUGACGCGGGUCCGGCGCUUCCAGCAGGAUGAUGCCCACAUCUUCUGUUCCAUGGAUCAGCUGGAGGGCGAGAUCAGUGGCUGCCUGGAUUUCCUGCAGGCCAUCUACUCUGUCUUCGGAUUCACUUUCCGCUUCUUCCUCUCCACGCGCCCCGAGCACUUUCUCGGGGACCCCCCUCUCUGGGACCAAGCCGAGCAGCUGCUGGAAAAGAGCCUCCGGGAUUUUGGCUGGCCGUGGGAGCUCAACCCUGGGGACGGCGCCUUCUAUGGGCCCAAGGUGGACAUUCAGAUCCAGGACGCUUUGGGCCGAUACCACCAGUGUGCCACCAUUCAGCUGGACUUCCAGAUGCCACUUCGCUUUGACCUCUCCUUCAAAGGCAGAGACGGUGGGGCCCCCGAGAGGCCGGUCCUGAUCCACCGGGCGGUGCUCGGCUCCGUGGAGAGGAUGCUGGCCAUCCUGGCCGAGAACUACGGGGGCAAGUGGCCCUUCUGGCUGUCCCCCUCCCAAAUCAUGGUGAUCCCGGUGGGCCCAGACGCAGAGGAGUAUGCUGGCGAGGUCCACCGGCUCUUCCACCAGCUGGGGUUCCAGACCAACCUGGAUACCGACUCAGGAACGACCCUCAACCGCAAAAUCCGGAGAGCCCAGCUGGCCCAGUACAACUUCCAGUUUGUGGUCGGCCAGAAGGAGAUGACCCACCGCACCGUGAACAUCCGCAGCCGUGACAACCACCGUCACGGCGAGAGGGAUUUGCACGAGGUGCAGCACCGGCUGCGGGAGCUCCAGGAGACCCGGGUCAGAAACGCGGAGGAGCUCUUUUGAGCCAAAGGCAGCUCUCCUGCAGGGUCGGCGUGGCUGGUGUGCCCAAGGGGGGCCUCUGAGGCUUCCGUGCAGUGUUUUAAGGACCUAGUCUUCACCGAGGAGCAUCAAGGCUGAGAAGCAGCCGCCCGAGGCUCAGGAUCGACCACCAUCAGGCACCUGACCUCCCUCCUUGCUGGCUGCUGUGGAGGUGCCCCCUCCCUCGGAGGGCAGCACAGCUUCCUGGAGCACCUGGUGCCACCUGGGCUGGGUCACCUGACAAGGCCGAGCUCAGCCGCCCUCUGGAGGUUCUCAGGAGCUCUGGGCCCGGCCCUCCCCACCUGCCCACCCGGUUCAAUGCCGGAGGCAUGUGUGGGUGUCCUGGGGGGAGGGGGCGAAAAAGCCUUUCUUGACCAGCAAAGGUCAAGUUACAGGUUAGCUCUGGAACCCCCCCUGCUCCCCUCUCCUGGGGAUUCUUUGAUGCACCUGCUGAUAAGGGCUGAGCCCCGGAUGUCCAAGAAGUGACGCAGGGGAAACUGGGGGGGGGGUGUCCUUCCCCCACCUGACUCACAAGCUCUCUCCCCCCCCCCUCGUUUAAGAGCUGGAAACUCUGCCAUAAUGCAGAGCCUGGGGAGGGGCCAGGUGGUGCAAUUUGAGCGUCCUUCUGGAAAAUGCAUGGCAUACGUGGGUGAAACUGAGCCUCUAAGUUGUGAGGCAGUUUACCUCCGUGUGCGGGGAACGCUUCCUGGAACAGGAUGUGCUGGCCCGUCCGGAGGGGGACGUGGUGGCUUCUCCAGGCUCCAGUUGGGCCAUCAGAGGGGACUCUGUUGGCCAGGGCUCAAAGCCCGGCGGGGGGGGCCUUUCAUUUGUUUCGGAGGCUCAAAACAGCCCCCCAGGCCUGAGCAGAGACCGGCAGUCCCUGCACUGAGGCUCCCUAGCUCUCAGUGGGGCAAAGCACCUUCACUUGCAGUCUGGAAAAAGCUCCCCAAAGUCUCGUUCUCGUGUAGGCGAAUGAAAUAAACUCUCUUCAGUCUC